ACCCCCUUUCUUCGGCUUACCCACUUAAUUUGUUAUCUGAAUUUCACCCCCUGUGUACAAGCAUCAUGCCAAUAUUGAUCACAGCGCCAAAAAACAUUUGUUUUCACUUUUCAUAGUGAAUAAGCUUAACUUGUCUACUGUGGUCUUAAAUUAUGUCUGGUUAGAUUGUAUUCAGCUUAAAAAAUGUUCUGCAGAGGAGCUGCCUCUGUUUGGCUCCGCCCACAUCCUUCUUUACUCAGAACAUUCCUUAACAGAUUUCCUAAUAGGAUGGUUGAUAAUGGAUUACAUAAACAAACAAACAGCACUCAGCCAAAAAUGUUUUUUCGUUGACCUUAAUGAUAACCGUUGUUGGUUGGGAAAGCCGAGAAUUGUGGAACACUGAAAAGUCAUUUGUUUGGAUUUCGGGUAUGUUUACAUUGUGCUCAAGCAGUUCUCAUUAGGAAGAAAAUAUUCAAGCAAGUAAUCUGAAACCUGGACUGUAAGCGUACUGUUCUGCAAUAGACCCUGCGGUCCUCUGAUUACUGUCCUUACAAGUCAUUGUGACCUCAGUCUCCACAACCUUUAACCAUCACUGUCAAACUGCAGCAACCUGAUCCAUAAUGUGCCCAAAUGUGCCCUAAGGAAGUUUGUUUCAUAAUGUUCCUGAAGACUUGCUUAACCAGUCUCAUGGAUGUAAAAUAAUGACGUUUCAUUGUGUUUGGACACAAUUCUCGACACUUUCUCGCCCAUAAAAUACCGGUUUGUUUGUUCUUGAUGGUACGGGAAACUGAUUCUGAGUGUACAGAUACAAUCUCUGCUGUAUGACCGAUCCGUAUUUUAAUUCUGUGUGUUUGGACAGAUUAGAUUAGCCUUUCAGUUAUAGGUUUAUAAAAUUUUCUUUUAGAUUGGAAAUGAAAAACAGAAGAUUUUCUCCGUAGGAGAGAAUGUUCAGGAAGCUAAGAGCCAGCCUGUUCUGUUUUAAGAAUGGAGUGGACAAAUACAAUUCAUGAAUGAAUACAUAAUAUACGCAUGAUUAAAUUGUCUUUACAAAGCGCAGUUACUUCACAAACCAUUCAAUCCCAGUGAAAUAAGAAUCUUUAAUUGUUGUUUAGUGACUAAACAACAUUUAAAUGACAUCUUUGUUGGUGAGGGUGAGUCAUACAAUGCAUAAAAGAGUUAAGCAUGUGACAAAUUAAUUUUUGUUUUUUUAAGCCUAACAAUCUUCUGUAACAAAUGGUUUGAAUGGGUUACCAACCUCAAAGUCUGUUGAAUGAUUGGAAUCAUGUCACUGAGAUAAUUUCCAAUACAGUUUUAUGAUCUUUAAACCACCAGCUGUGUCUAUUGAGUUUUUGUACCAAAGACCAGCUAUAUUUUGUCUGUUCCAAGUGUUCAGUGACCUAAAUAUGAAGUAAUGAUUAACUUUUAAUAACACUAGCGCAUAAUAAUGAGAUAGUGUAACCUUACAUAGCAAGGCUAUUUGAUUUAAUGCAUGGUUUAGAACAGGAUCUUUCUUCUGCAACUAACCAGGGUGCUCUUAAUAUGUUUGUUUUCUGAGUAACCGUAUAAGUCUAGUUACAAGGAUGUGCGCCGGCAAACAGAGGACCAGCCUUCUGACAUCCUCUUUAAACAUAUGCCAGACAGGAAGCCUACACAGAGAGAUAGGACAAGAUGACUUCCCUCACCUUAAAUUAUAAGACCCAGCUGUCUUGUUAGCAAAGGAGGAAUGCAGGAUUACAAUUACCUGAAGGGCAACUGUUUUGAAAUCACUAUGGAGCUUAGCUGCUGCAAAUACCCACCCUCAUCUCAGCUAAGAACUGAAUGGGACAACAAUCGGGAGUCUCUGCUGGCCUACAUGGAAAAGAUUCACAUCGGAGUACGUGGCAAUGUCAUAGCAGCCAGGAAUGGAGCCCCUCUUUCAGAUGCAGUGAUAAUGGUUGCAGGCAUUAAUCACAAUGUGAGCACCGCACGCUUUGGUGACUACUACCGCCUGCUGCUACCUGGCACCUACAACAUCACAGCUGUAGCCCCGGGCUACAUACCCAUGUCUGUGGUUGGUGUGGAGGUGAAAGAAGGCAAAACCACCGAACUAAACCUCACCCUUGUUUCCGAAACUGAAGUGAAUCCCACCACCCCUUCAAUCUCAGACUCCCCCACUGCCACCUCAGCCAACAGCUCCAGUGCAGACACCAGCAGCCCUGGUGAGGUUUCAGUGGAGAAAGAGCAGAGCUCCAACCUCGCGAUUCAGCCCCAGGACUUCCGCCAUCACCACAACAAUGACAUGGAGCUGUUCCUUCAGAAGUUCAGUUCUGAAUACAGCUCCAUCACACGCCUUUACUCCAUUGGCAAGUCCGUGCAGGGGCGUCUCCUGUGGGUCAUGGAGAUCUCUGAUAACCCUGGUGUCCAUGAGUUAGGAGAACCAGAAUUUAAAUACAUUGGCAACAUGCACGGCAAUGAGGUGGUUGGCCGAGAACUGCUACUCAAUCUAAUCGAGUACCUCUGCCGAAACUACGGCAGUGACCCUGAGGUCACCCAGCUUGUGGACUCGACACGAAUACACAUCAUGCCUUCUAUGAACCCGGACGGAUACGAUGUGUCUCAGGAAGGAGAUGUCAGUGGCAUCCAGGGCCGUAACAACAGUAACAAUUUCGACCUGAACCGAAACUUUCCUGAUCGCUUCAAUUUCAUCACGGAUCCCAGACAGCCAGAGACCAUUGCAGUCAUGAACUGGGUGAAGAGCUACCCAUUUGUGCUGUCUGCCAACCUUCAUGGAGGCUCCUUGGUGGUGAAUUAUCCAUAUGAUGAUAAUCUAGAGGAUGUUAUUGGCUACAGCAGGUCAUCAGAUGAUGAUGUAUUUAAGAUGUUGGCUCUGGCGUACUCUCAGGAAAACAGUCAAAUGCAUAACGGUCACCCUUGUCCAAAAAUAGAUCCAGAGUUUUUUUCAGAUGGUAUCACCAAUGGGGCUGCAUGGUACAGCAUCCACGGGGGUAUGCAGGACUGGAACUACAUCAAUACUAACUGCUUUGAGGUGACGAUCGAAUUGGGCUGUUACAAGUAUCCACUAGCAGCGGAGCUGCCAAAGUACUGGAAUGAAAACCGGAGAUCGCUUCUGCAGUUCAUGCAUCAGGUCCACAGAGGAUUUAAGGGGAUGGUGAUUGACAGCAAGGAUGGGUCUGGCAUCCCCAAUGCGACCAUCACCGUGGAUACGAUUGAUCACCCUGUGACAACUAACGUUGCAGGGGACUACUGGCGCUUGCUAGUUCCAAAAACAUACCGCUUGACUGCAUCUGCCCAAGGCUACGUCUCAGUUAGCACUUACGCCACUGUGCCUAAAAAUGGGGUAGAGAUUGUUAACUUCACACUGACCCGGAUGACAGAAAACCCUUCGCCGGUUCAGGACCCCAACGUGAAGGAGUUUAAAAGUCUCAUAAAGCAGCUGUCAGGAGAAUCCGGUCUGGAUGAGCUGAUCAAGAACACUCCCACCCAGAGCAGCUUCCGCUACCGGCGAUACAUCGAGGUUUCUGAGUACCUGCGGGGCCUCACCCUGAACUUCCCAGAGAUUACCUCACUUCACAGUCUUGGUCAGAGUGUGGAGUUUCGAACUAUAUGGGCUCUGGAGAUCUCAAACAACCCUAAGGUCCAAGAACCAUCUAAACCAAAGAUUCGCUUUGUGGCGGGCAUUCAUGGCAAUGCCCCAGCGGGCACAGAUAUGCUUCUAGAGUUUGCCGCAAGUCUAUGCAUCAACUACGGAAAGAACGCUGCCAUCACCAGACUGAUCAAUGAGACCAGAAUUGUUAUCCUGCCGAGCAUCAACCCAGAUGGGCGUGAGAUGGCAAAAGAAAACGAAUGCAACUCCACUGCUGGCAUGACCAACGCCCACGGCAAAGACCUCGACAAUGAUUUCUUUGGUAAUGCAUCUCAGCGUGCUGGAGAGCUUCAGCCGGAGACAAGAGCUUUGAUGGAUCUUAUACAAGAAAGGGGCUUUACUCUCUCUGUGGCUCUAGAUGGAGGCUCUCUAUUGGUCACAUACCCAUAUGACAAACCAGUGCAACCUGUUGAAAAUGAAGAUACUUUGAGAUAUUUGGCUACAGUGUAUGCCAGCCAUCAUCCCACAAUGCACUUGAGCAAUACUGGGUGUUCAAACACCGGCCAAAUGGGCAUUAUCCCUGAUGGUGUAUUAAGAGCAGCAGAGUGGCGAAGUCACAUGGGCAGCAUGAAGGACUUCAGCGUAGACUUUGGUCACUGUCCUGAAAUCACUGUCUACACCAGCUGCUGCCUGUUCCCUUCAGCUGAAAUGCUGCCCAAGGUUUGGACUGAGAACAGGAAGUCACUGCUGAGAAUGCUGGUAGAGGUGCAUAAAGGAGUUCGUGGAGUGGUCAAGGAUAGGAACGGUAAGCCCAUCGCGGGCGCUAUGAUAGUGUUGAAUGGUGGUGUGCGAGUCUUUACCAGUGAGGGAGGGUUCUUCCAUGCCCUUCUUGCUCCAGGUUUACACAACAUUGAAGCGGUAGCUGACGGCUACCAGCAACAGUCACAGAAGGUGUCUGUGUCGCAGUUUGAAGCAGCAAGUACCAUUAUUAUUGAGUUUGACAUGGAGAACAAUAUAUUUGGCCUGCCAAGAGAAUUAGUUGUGGCAAGUGCAGCUGCGGCAAUGACGGCUCUGGUCAUCACAGCUUGCAUCAUCUGGUGCGUCUGCUCAGCCAAGUCAAACCGACAAAAGGACGGAUUCCAUCGGCUAAGGCAGCACCGUGAUGACUAUGAGGAUGAGAUUCGUCUCACAUCUAUGGGGUCCAAAAAGUCUCUUUUGAGCAACGAAUUUCAGGAUGAGAGUGAAAGUGAUGAGGAUACACUAUACACAAACAAACUUUGAUAGCUUGCUUUCUCCUCUCCCCUGAGUCUCUCUACUGCUCUUUGGGCCUGUAGAGGUUGCUCUUCUUAAUGACCAGCAGUAUAAUCAUCCAAACGGUUGACAACCACCACGGGAUGCACUUUAAUGCCCUAGGGCCUAGAGGGAUUUUGCACCGUAGUGCAUGCAACUUACCCCCUUACAACAUGCUCUCGACCGGACUGCUUGUUUAUCUGGGUUUUUGUUACAGUGGUCCUGUACCCUUUAAAUGGAAAUUGAACAGCUAGAGUCCAUCAAUGCAUAAAUCUCUACAGGAUUAUGAAACACUGUGCCUUGUUAGGUUAGAGGUUGUGUGGUGGUUGUAAUGUAAGGAUGAGAAUUUUAUAAUAUAAAUUUGUUUUUUGCUCACUUCAAGUUGACAUCAGGAAGCGAUCUAUCUUGAAUUCUGGUUUACUCAUAGGCUUCAUUUUAUUUUGUGAAAAAGGAUGUAGACUGAUGUUUGAAUGAUCCCUAACAUUUCACAUUAUGCUGUUGUUUAUGAAUUUAUGGUAUUUUGUUCAAUUACAGUAUGCAUUCGUUAUGCAUGUCUCAGUCUGAGAUAUUCAGUUUGCACAGGGUGUUAGCAGUGUUUCAGAUGUAGCGCUUUUAGAUAAGAUGUAAAGUUAAGCAAUCUCAUUAUGUUUUCUAUUUAUGCAGCUGCAUAUUGGUCACAUAAAAUGUGCAGACAAGCACAUUCACUGCCUUGCUGUUUCUGCUCUGUUAUUUUGACAUUUAGGGACAUGGUGAAGCAUAAAGAAUGAUUACCCCAUACCAGGGACAUGAUAGUCAUAGACAGAUGUUAGAGUGUGUUUUUCAAUUUGUUUGUGUUGAAAGUGCACUCUUGUGGCCCCUGUUUCAUGCAUUUUUAAGAAUGUAUUUAUUUUUAGUUUUAAGUCUGUCCAAUAUCAGGUUUAGUUUGCUCACUGAUUCUAAGGCUUAGCAAACAUUUGAAAAUCAAAUGGAUCAUAAAACAAAUUUAUGUGGUUGACAUUCAUAAAUUUUAUUUGCAAUUUAGCAAGUAGAAGCAUGUUGCCAUAUGGUGUGUGUUUGAGUGUCAGUGGAGGUGGAAAGUGUGCUCUAUAUCUGAUUUCUCAUAAAACUUGUUUGAAACACCAGUAAUCUUUUGUGAACAUGCCAUUCCCUUAUUUGUGUCCUGGUUUUGUGUAUAUGUAAGAGUGACCAGGUGUGUUUAAGCACCACAGUAAGUUUCUGCACAGCUAAAUGAGUGUCACAUAUUAACACAGUGUGUUGUUGCUGGAUGAUCUGAACCCGUAGAACACAUUUUGAUUUCUGCUUGCUAUGUGCUGGCAGAUUCUCACGUCAUUGCUGAACAGCUCUACAUUUAUCUUUAAGAAGAUGGGACGGAGAAGAGGACAAGCGUUCAGUCCUUAAUCAGCUCAUGCUAUUUCAGAAUAUUGUAAAAUACUAAAUGCUUUAAAAGGAGAAAAGCAACAAACACAUCAUUACACGCAUAUCAAAACUUAAACACAUUUUAAUCAUUCACGUUAUUUUUUGCCGGAUUAAUCACUUCUACAUGUCAAAUGAUGAUAAUUGGGAGAAUAAGCUUUAUAAUCUGAUUAGUUAAAAAACCCGUUACCAACUAAAUCUGAAUUUGAUUUGCUUGAUGUUGGUUAUCAUGCUUGAAUGUAAAUUACAGGGUGUGUUUGAACAAAUAUGUCUGACUUUUCUAUGUCUGUGCUGAUGUCUAUUUUUUUCUUUUAUACAACAACGAUUGUAGAUAUUGAAUUGUUGCCAACUAAAUGUAAAUUACACAAGUGCAAUUUCUGUCGAGUGAAAGAACGGUGCAAAUUGUCCAGUUUGUUUUCUGAAAUGAAUGGUGUCUAAUGCAAUGAGAUGUAAAUAAAAUUUGUUCUGAAUAUUUGAUGCA